AUGCUUGCUGUUGGAAAAUAUCAUCGUAAAGAGAAUAAUCGUCUAGUACCUGUCGGUUUUAUAUUCUAUGUCAUAAGCUUUGAUUUUGGAUUUGAAAUUGCAGAUGUUCAAGAGAUAAAGCCUCCUGUUCAGCAUCCUAAUGACCGUGUGAGUAUUAUAGGCUCUUCCGGAUUCCUAAUUUGUCUACGAUAUACCUUACAGAAAAGUUGCAGGGAAAAAAUUGUUUUGUGGAAUCCGUCUAUAGGUAGUCACAGGAUACUACCAUUCACCCUUGUUGAGAUUGAGGCCUUAGAGGGCAGGAAAUACAGACAUUAUACGUUUAGUUAUGGAUUCGGAUAUGACAAUGUUACGGAUGACCACCAGGUUGUGAGAUUUGUUUUGGAUAACUAUAAUGGUGAAUAUGAAGUUAAAGUUUAUAGCCUGAAAUUGGAUACUUGGAAAAAGAUUGAAAAUAUUCCGCUAAUCAGUAUUUUUCGGGUGAGUAGGCCUAGUUUUGCCGAUGGUUCUAUGAAGUGGCUUGUGCAGGAAAAGCAACCAAAUUCUACCUUUUCACUUCUGGUUCUCUGUCUUAGAACCAAGGCGUUACGAUCAGUGUCAUUGCCAGAGGGUUUCAAGAUGCCCCGACUGUAA